AUGAGCUACCAAGACGAGCAGCCUUUAUUGGGCUCAAAGAGAUCCCCUGGAACAUUUGGAAAAUCUGUGAUGGGUUCAGAAGAGCUCAAGCUUCCACAGGCUAUAGCACACCGUGGCUUCCAGGCGCAGUUUCCAGAAAAUACGAUAUUGGCUUUUGAAGGCGCUGUUAAAGCUGGGGCCCAUGCAAUUGAGACAGACCUUCAUCUAUCACGAGACGGAGUUGUCAUGAUCUCACACGACGCCACUUUAAAAAGGGUAUUCGGAGAAGAGGGGAAAGUUAUCGACUGCGACUAUUCAUACUUGAAGACGCUGAGAACAGUAGAGGCACCGCAUGUUCCCAUGGCAUCACUGAAAGAGGUGCUAGAAUUGUUAUGUCAACCCGCGCUCAGAAAAAUGUGGUUGUUGUUGGACAUCAAGAUCGACAAUGAUGCGGAAAAUAUCAUUAGAUUAACUGCGGAGACUUUGAAGGAUGUGGGAGGUGGUGUAGAGUUUUGGGGCAAUAGAGUUGUUCUCGGAUGUUGGACAUUGAAUUUCAUCCCGUUAUGUGAGCGUUAUUUACCUGGGUUUCCAAUUACUCACAUCGGAUACUCAAUACCAUAUGCGAGAGAAUUUUUGAAAAUCCCAAAUGUUUCUUUCAACAUGCGUUAUGCAAUCCUCGACGGGCCUAAGGGCGAGAAGUUUCUCAAAGACGCUCGUGCUGCCGGUAGAGACGUUUACACGUGGACAGUAAACGAUGAGCAGGUUAUGAAAUGGACAAUAGCCCAUGGGAUUGAUGUUAAAUUUCUCGAUAUCUGCGAAAAAUAUCUAAACGGCGAAGUCUCAUCAGAACCCUGGAGCUGCAGAAUGACUUUUAUUUUGAUGUAUUAUCAGUUUUUGGCAUACAUCUUUUCAUAUCUAUUUCGAUGUCGCCACGGAUUUACACUGAAGACUGCGGAGAAGGCACACUUGGCUCCCUAA